GACGGGAAGGGGGAGGAGGGGAAGAUGGCGGCGGCGCUGGGGGCCAAGGCCCGGCUGGGCCCGGCCCUGCGGGAGCUGCGCAUCCACCUGUGCCAGCGCUCGGCAGAGAGCCGAGGGGUCCGAGACUUCAUCGAGAAGCACUACGUGGCGCUGAAGAAGGCCAACCCCACCUUCCCUGUCCUCAUCCGGGAGUGUUCCGCAGUGCAGCCGAAGCUCUGGGCCCGCUACGCCUUUGGUGAGGAGAAGAGCGUCUCCCUGAAUAACUUCAGUGCGGACCAGGUGGCCAAAGCGGUGGAGAACGUGUUGAGCAGCAGCAAAGCCUGAGGACUAAGAGCUCCGUCGGACCGACCGACAUGAACCCGCCCCGCACCCCCUGACCCGUAGUAUAAAGUUGUGCGAUGUUGUACCGUGACUCGGUUGCCUUAAUAAUGACACUACCAAGCGCUUACUCUGUUCCGGGCACUGUAAUAAUAAUAAUGGUAUUUAUUUACUGA